UUUCAGUUGCCUCCAGUGGUUUGGUGCGUGCUACAAAACCUAAGAAUGAAGAAAAUAUUUUAUCAAGGGUGAGGACUUAAACAGCAAACUGCAGGAUUUCCUCACUUUCUACACAUACGGACCUUUAUCUCGGAGUGGCAAAAGAGUUGCCCGAAAAUUGGGAAACGCAAUCAGGAGGACAGAGAGAAACCAAAUCAGGAAAUAUGAGAAGAUAAUUGCAAAAUGGCUGUCAGAUUUCAGGAUCCGUUUGUAGAAAUGGAAGAAACUCUGAUAUGGGAGCAGCACACAGUGGUGAUAAAUCGGGAUUCAAAGAUUGGAUUUGGUAUUGCAAUAUCUGGAGGAAUAGAUAAACCCAACAGUACCACUGGAGAAACUGCCAUUCUUGUUUCAGAUGUUGUUCGAUUCGGACCAGCUGAAGGGAAGAUUAUGAUAAAGGACAGGAUUGUUAUGGUGAAUGGUGUUUCUAUGGACAAUGUGACCUCCUCUUUCGCCAUCCAGAAUCUAAAGCGUUCUGGAAAAUCUGUGAACAUAACAGUGAAGAGACCCCAUAAAGUACAGAUUCCUGUGACUAACACAGCACCAGCAGCCAGCUAUUAUUCUAGUCGAUCAGACUAUGCUCACGAUGAUGCCUCUGAUGAGGAUGAGGACUAUGAUCCAGCUGACAGGAGACUGAGAAGGAUUCAAAACCAAAAUCUAUACCACGGUGACUCCCAUCAUAAUAAUAACCAUGACCAGGAUUCUAGCAGAAACAACAGCUAUGAUCGAAGUCCAAGUCCCUCAAGGAGCUAUGAUCGAAGUCGGAGUCCCUCAAGGAGUUACAAUCGAAGUCCCAGCCCCUCAAGGAGUCAUAAUUAUCAGCAAAACCACCGGGACCACGAUGCUAGAAGGGCUGGACGAGAACACAACCCAAAUGGAAGUUACUAUGAUGAGUCUGAUGAUGAUGAUAUUCAUUAUGACCAGGUGAAGAAACCCAUCAAGAGCUACCUUAUUAAAAAUAGUGCUAAUGAAGAAUAUGGCUUGAGGUUGGGCAGUCAAAUUUUCAUUAAACAUAUGUCAUCGGAUGGCCUUGCUUCAAAGGAAGGAGUCUUAAAGGAGGGAGACAUUAUACUAAAGAUUAAUGGUGUAGUAACUGAGAAUAUAUCAUUGGAAGAUACAAGGACACUAAUUGAGAAGUCAGAGGGGGAGCUGAGGUUGGUGGUCCUACGAGAUAAUGAACAGUUUCUGAUCAAUGUUCCUGAACUGAUGGACAGUGAGGAAAACAGCUUGGAAGAAUAUUCAGACAUUGAGCCUGAACGUACAGAUUCACCAAUUGAGAAUUGGCCAAAGCAUACUGUGGGGGAUCCUCGCAAUACAAUGAAGAGCAAUGGAAGCUUGAAGCCAAACACAAAACCAGUGUCAGAGUUAGAGGUCAGACCUACAGCCUCCAAACCCCCUCAUGAUGCAGUUGUUGAGGAGCGAACAUAUGCUGCUCCUAUAAAGACUUCAAACACAAGGCCACAGGAUGAAUAUAAUGUUGGCUACAGUCCAGACAUGAAAGUGGCAAGGUUUGUCAAGGAUGCCAGUGUUGGCCUGCAGUUAGCUGGAGGCAAUGAUGUUGGAAUAUUCGUAUCUCGAGUUCUCGAUGAAAGCCCUGCAGCCAGACAGGGAAUCCAAAAAGGAGACCAGAUUCUGCAGGUGAACAAUGUCAACUUCCAAAAUCUCACCCGUGAAGAAGCAGUGCUGCUCAUGUUAGAUAUCCCCAAAGGAGAGCUGGUGGAAAUUAAAGCUCAGAGGAAGGAAGGCAUUUAUCAAAAGAUGAUCAACUCAAAUGUCGGAGACUCCUUCUAUGUACGAACGCACUUUGACCAUGAGGUAGAAGGAAUACAGGAACUAAGCUUCAGGAGAGGUGAGGUUUUCCGAGUUGUCGACACCAUGCACAAAGGAAAGUUAGGAGCAUGGUAUGCCGUGAGAAUUGGCCGAGACUUCAAGGAACAGGACAAAGGCACCAUCCCCAGCAAGAACAGGGCUGAACAAAUUGCCAAAGCUGAAAUUACUCAGAAAGCUUCAUCCAGUUCAUCAAGUGGAGCACGGGCAGAAUUCUGGAAAAUGCGUGGCCUGAGAGGUGCAAAGAAAAACAUAAGGAAGAGCAGAGAUGACCUUUCCGCCUUGACUAUUCAGGGCAAAUAUCCCCCCUAUGAAAGGGUCAUUCUGAGAGAAGCCCCUUAUAAAAGGCCUGUUGUGAUUCUUGGACCAAUUUCUGACAUUGCUACUCAGAGACUGGCCAGCGAUCUGCCUGACCAGUUCGAACUUGCCCAAAUGGUACAGAGGAAUUCUGAAGAAGUAGGAUCAUCCUCUGUCAUCAAACUUGAAACUGUACGGCUAAUUGCUCAAAAGAACAAACAUGGCCUGCUGGAUAUCACGCCUUCCGCCAUAGAGCGACUAAAUUACGUCAAGUGGUACCCGAUUGUGGUAUUCUUUAAUCCAGAGAACAAACAGGAAGUGAAAGCCAUGAGGCAGCACCUCUACCCUCAGUCAAGGAAAAGCUCCAAGAGUCUCUACAAUCAAGCUGUAAAGCUGAGGAAAUACUGGUCUCACCUCUUUACAGGUACAAUAAAUCUGAAUUCUGGUUCUAGUGCCUGGUAUGAAGCUUUGAAAGCAACAAUUAAGGAGCAGCAGACUCAGGCUGUGUGGUUUCCUGAAGAAAAAUCUGACGAAACAGAGACUGAAAACCUGGAACUGCUGAACCGAUCGACCAGCAUGAGUAUGGAUUAUCUGAGCUGUGAUGAGAGCAGAGCAAACAGCGAUUACGAGGACACAGACGCAGAAGGUGGAGCUUACACAGAUAAUGAAUUGGAUGACACACUCGAUGAGCCUGCAAUCAUUAGAUCUUCUGAACCAAUCAGGAAUGAACCAUCCCAAAUCUCCAAUGAAGCAACCCAUGAAGCACCAAAGACCCACUCACAGAUCCAGCCUCAGGGUCAGUACAGGGAUCCUCACUUCACAAGGUUGGAUAGACAGGAUCUCAAUGCAAUCACGUCCAGGCGAGAGCUAAUCUACAGUUCGGAUGAAGAUGAUGAUGAUGAUGAAUGGAAUGGUCCAGCCACUGAGUUAUAAACCAAGCCCCAUCAAACAACUCAUCUUGCAAUGGAACAGUGUUUAAACAAUCAGAGGACAGUUCUACUGCUCUAAGCAGUAACCAAAUUUGUUUUUAACUCUUUCAUAAAUGAUUUAUUUUAAACAAA